UAGACGGUUCGGUUUUGUGUUUUGAAAAGCGGCGGACGGAAAGCGAGAGUUAUUUUAUAUAACUCUGUUAUAAUUUAUAUCUAUUAAUAAUCGAGUACAACAUGGCUGCCCCAGGUCCAAACAAAGACAACAUCAGAGCUGGAUGUAAAAGAUGUGGCUAUCCUGGUCAUCUUACCUUUGAAUGUCGUAACUUUCUUCGUGUGGAUCCAAGGAAGGAUAUUGUUUUGGAUGUGAGCAGCACCAGCACCGAGGAGAGCGACGAGGAAGAGCAGGAAGCUCUCAGUAAAGAAAAGAUCUUCGGCAGCCAUUCAAAAGGUUCACAGGAAGAUUCUAGAAAAGAAAAGCAUAAAAAGAAAAGCAAGGAGAAAUCACAUGGAAAGGCAAAAAAAAGGUCUUAUUCAUCCAGUGAUGAGGAGGAGGAGGAAGUGAGCAAAAAGAAGAAAAAGCACAAGAGCAAUAAGAAGAAAGGAAAGAAGGAGAAGAGAGAGAAAGAAAGGAAGCACAAGAAGAAACAGAAAAAGAAAGACACAGAGUCCUCUUCAUCUGACAGCUCUUCUGAAUCAUCAGACACAGACUAAAGCUGAAUCACGUCUUUUAUUUGGACCAUUUACAGGACCACAACAAAAUAUUAGGAACCUAUAAAAUACCUUCUGCAGGAAGCCAUUUGUACAUAAUUCUGUUACAGACAGCUUGAUUCUUAAAAGUAUGCUGGUUAUUUUGUGGCGUUUCUAAUGAAACUGUAUUUUGUAUAUAAAUGAAAUUAAAACAACUCUAAAUCUC